GAGGAAAAGGCGAGAAAGAAGCCUUGGUCCUUUCGAGGCGGUGACGGGGGGCGAGAUGGUAUCCCGGCGGCGUAUCCUGUCGCGUUCGCGCGACGACCUCACCCAGGCCAUCUCCAACCAGAUGGAAGAGGAAGAAGACGUUUGGUACCAGAAGGACAAACUUUAUAAGGAACACAUACAGGAAGUGCUAGACAAAUGGACCCAGAUCGACGACGAGAUUUGGGCGAAGGUGAUAGUGUUCGAGCGCAACCGGCGCGUGGCUAAGGCAUAUGCGCGUGCGCCGGUGUUGACCAUCAACGGGUCGGACGACGGCUUUGAUGGGAUGAGAAUCGGCCUUUGCGGGUUCGACAAUCCUCACAGAGACCAGAAGACAGAAGAAUUAAAAAGACAUAUAGGACAGGGAGUAAAAAUCAAAAUGGACGACGCGGGUAACAUACUCAUCAGACGCUAUUCGAAGAGUAGUGUGUUCGUGAAGAGUACUGCAGCCACUAGCACCGAGGAGACUGCUAUUGGCCAGGAUAUAAUCAAGCUGCCGGGGUAUGCGCUUGAACAGGAGAAGAUAUUCAAGCUAUUCGACAUGAAGAGAUUCCAAUCUAACGUGAACCGGGAGCUGCGCCGCUCCUACCCAGACCGUCGACGGCUUGAAACACAGUGCCUCAGCGCCAUCGGCUUCGUGAAGUCUGAGAACGACUUACUGGAGUGCCCUAUCUGGGUGCUUAUCAUCAAUGUUGUUGCCAUGGACAUGCUGAAAUCUAAGCUGCCACCGGUCCAACGUCCCAUGGACAUCAAGAACCGUCCCCGCAUCCCGAUCCCCGACGAGGACCCCUACAGCAUCGCCAGCUCAAACGCCAACUCCGGGUCCUCGGGCAGCUCGGGCUACGGGCUGAACGGCCACGGCGUGGUCGCCGCCACCAGGGAACAGCUGAUGAUGCAGAUGGGACAGAGGAGAGGGGACAAGCCCCCGAAACUGCCACCGAGGGAGAAUGGAUAUGGGCCUGCUGAUAUUCCCAAGCCCGAUUACGACGAUAUAGAGGACGGCCGGCUGCCGCAGCUCGCGCGCGGCAAGUCCGACAAGGGAAAAGACAACAAAAAAUACGAUGACCCAUACUACUGCGGCCUGCGCGCCCGCGUGCCGAACUUCGUAAAAACCAACGGGAAGCACAUCCUCCCAGCCAUGACCGAGCGCCUGACACUCAAGGACGCGCCCGUCCCAAGCAAGCGCUUCAGCGUUGCCCAUGCGCACCCAGCCUUCCCGCCGCAUAUGGCUCCCUUCGCUCACGCGCCCAUGCCACCCCAAGCUCUAUGGCAUGCCCGUUCUUACGAAAGCGGAAUCGGUGCGUACGGUCCAAGGAAAGAGAAGCUCAUGUACCAAUUCUAUCCCGACAGGGAGCGCCGGCUGCGACCGCUCGUCAUCCAACAACCCCGCUAGUGUACAUAAAGACUAACCCGCACUUUGAAGGCUCUUCGCUCCAGUCUUGAUGGAGAGCAUUAUGACCCCUAUGCGUUGUACGGCCGUCUGCCCAUGCCUGGCCGCGGCUUCCCUCCCCCUCCGCCGGCGCACGCGCGUCACAUGUUCAUCGGAGAGUGGGACUAAAAUGCACCUUAACUCCAACACAGUAGAGACAUAUUAGCUUUAUAGUUUAUGCGGCAAAUUGUGGUAUAAAACAUCAUUUAGCCGAAUAAACUAUAGCCACCUGAAUGUUAGUCGAUUUAUAAUGUAACUGUAAGGAGUAGGUAUUGUCACAUUGAUGUUGUUGAAUGAUAUGUGUGGCAAAUAUAAGUUUUUAUAUUUAUUUUGUGGACAGGAAUGCUUUAUAUCAAUGUGACUGUAUCUUUGAUCUGGAUCUAGAUGAACGUCUUUGUAAAUAUU